AUGAACACCCUCUCCACAGAAGAAAUGGAGCGGUUCCAGAAAUUGUCCAACGAGUUUGAACCGGAUAUCCAGGGCCCUCUAGUGUCAACAAAACAACCAAGCACUGCGAUCGCCAUGGACUAUGCGAGUGCUGAUCCUACUUUUGUCGCAAAAACCAGCGCGCUUGCAGUAACCCACCCAUUCUCCCGUAUCAUGAAAGGGGACGGCAACUGUGGCUGGCGAGCUGUCGCAUUCGGAUAUUUCGAGAAUCUUUUCAACCUGCGCGACACGCUCCGACUGCGCCAUGAGCUGGAUCGGAUCAAGUCGUUGAAUUCGCUCCUUGAUCAGGUUGGCCAGCAGGAGCAACUAUAUGAUAUUUUCGUGGAUGCGACAGAAGAGCUCUUUAAUCAAAUAUCAGACGCGAUACAGAACGGCAUCCGCGAUGACUCCUUUCUUGUAGACGCUUUCAACAACGAAUACAAUUCGAAUGCCAUCAUAACGCAUUUCAGACUUCUGACAAGUGCAUGGAUGAAACUCAACCCUCACCGUUACCAAGCUUUUCUCUCGCUGCCCUUGGACCAGUAUUGCGCAACUCGAAUCGACACGGUCAGAACGGAGAUUGACGAAGUCGGCCUCCAAGCUUUGGUUGACGGUGUGAUCGAGCGAGCUGGAUUCGCUGUUGAGAUCUUAUACCUCGACCGCAGCGAAGGCGAUGCAGUGACUCCUCACAUGUUGACCCCCUCCCGGCCAAGUGUUGUGACCAUUCGUCUACUAUAUCGCCCGGGUCACUAUGACUUGCUCUACCAGGCUGAACCUACUGUGAAUAUGGAACCUGUGGUUAAUUAUCAAUACGCGAUGACUUCAAACUACACCCCCUGGGACCAAGGCGCGCUCUCAUUCGAUGUAAAUUCGAGUCUAAUGUCAAUUCCGAAUCUCAUGAUGGAUCCAACUUUUGGGCUUGGUCCCCCGAUCCCUGCAGCACCGGCCAGUCCAUUCGAAAUCUCGUCGGCUCCUGAUGUCUAUCAAACUCCCAUGCACACCUCGCCGCCUGUCCCUGUGGCAUCACCGCCACCUCCUCGGAUGUCAGCACCUCCGCCUAUGAGCUCUUUACCCAGCCGCUCGUCCGAUGGGCCACAGAUUCGGCUAAAUCCGCUGGUUAUGAAGCCUAAUCUAAGCCAUUCUCUUCCAGUCACGACACCAUUUAAAAACUCUCCCUAUAAUCAAGCUCAUUUCCAGAACCAAGACUUUGAGCCAAUUCAUUGGGAACCUAGUGAAUCUCGCAAAUGA